GCACAAGGACAAAGACACAUUUUUAGCACUGAUUUUUAAAUUAUGAUUUAAAGACCAACUAUGGGGGAUUAAUACUGUUGUGUGGUGGAGUAGCACCAAAGCAGAAGCUGAAAUAUUUUCUCAUUGCUCCUGAUUUGAUCACUAAAACCCUUUUCCUGUCAGGGAUCUGGGUCUGAGUGUGUUCUGCACUGCUGCUGUUCCUGUGUUCCAUGUUUGUUUAUUGGCAGGUGUGUGUGUGUGUGGGUGCAAUCGUGACAGACACUUUCAGGCCUGGUGGGUGUGGCCCUGCCAGCUGACCGGUCACACCCAAGGAUCCUCACACACACCUGGCGCUGAUCAAGCCUCGUCGGAGGAGCUACAAAGCAGUGUGGCUGAGAGCUCCUCGACGCUGGAUCGUUGAGUGACUACCCGUCAGUGUUUCCAGCAAAAUCAGUGAGUGCCAGUCUGUCGCCUUGUAGUUGUGUGUUAUGGCUGCUUCUGUGGAUUUUCCAGCAGGAGUGUGGGAACGGGAAAGCAGCGAGCACAAGUUUCACGGGAGUGGAGACACGGGCACUGAGAAGGAGACAUGAGUCCUGCAUCUUGGGUCCUCCUUCCCCACACACAGAACGAUCCAGCCAUAAUGGACCCAGCGGACUCAAGUGUUACCUCAGACGAGGAGACGCUCGCACAGCUCUGGGGUUACUGCCGGAACAUAAUCUGGACGGUAGAUCCUCACAAGAGACACAUACAGGUUGUGUUUUUUGACAAUUUUCUUUCAUCCACUACAUUCCCCGCAAACUUUUUUGACAUUAACAAACAAACUGGCCUUGUAGAAGCUCUAGCUGCCUGGUUUUUCACGCAUCGGCGACCGACUUUUCCGUCGAUGCUUGCUGCACAACUAUUUGAUCCUCCAUUACGGAAGAGAUGUCGUCCUCACCAUCAUCACCCCAUCACACCUCAACCCACUCCAGCGGCUUCAGCCGGGCCAGCCGGCGAUGGUCCAACAGUGUUCAUCACCGCUGUGAGUAAACCUGACUCAAUUGUUUCACUAGAUCCUGUCAUUAAGAAUCUAAACGCAGAUGAACAGGACGGGACAGUUUCCUUUAACACAGCUCCGCCUCCACGGAAGAGACAGCGCCUGCACCGUCGUCAUACCACCUUUCCACUUACUCCACUGGCUUUUGAAGAACUAGUUGACUCUGGGCUAGCCGCACAAGGAGCCGCAGUGAGUAAAACAGAAUCUGUUGGAGGUGAAAAAGUUUUUGCUGGAAAACAAAAAGUAGAGACAGUUUUAUCUGAACCCCAGGACCGCGCCCAGUCGGUGAAUGGUAAAACAAGGCCCACAAUGGGGAAUAAGCUUAAAAAUUCUGAUUGGCCAGAAGAUGAACAUGAACUGACAAGUAAUUCUGGGUCUGGGUUAAUUAGUGUAGAGAGUAUUGAAAACCGUUUUCCUUGCUUCCCAUCUGAGGAUGAAGCCUUCAUUUUAGAGGCUGUUAACCCUGAGUCAUUGGACUAUGAAAGUGUAAAUCUAAAAAUUGUUUUUGUGGAUGCUGAUCAGCUAGGGAGUCCAUUGCUAGAGAGCCCAGUUUUUUUUCAGCCCAGCAUGUAACUCAGUCUGCUGCCCCACUACCUGUAGCUCAGUCCUUAGUCCAGUCAGCCACUCAUUUGCACCCUCAGCCAGAGGCCGAUACACCUGCUUGUCCCACAUCAGUCCCCGCUGGAAGGUCAGAGGGGGUGCUUCAGUUGUCACCUGUUCCACCAUCCACAUCCGCUACUCUGCCACUACAUCCACCGCCUGCAGCUGCCGUAUCACCUUCAUCACCUUCGGCUCGACCAUCUGUAGCAACAGCGCUGUUGGAGGGGCCCGCUCCACCAGUGGCGGAGCUCAGCGAGCGGGAGGAGCCCGCACUCCCGGCAGAGGAGCUCAGCGAGCGGGAGGGACCGGCUCCGCCAAAGCUGGAGGUCGGUGUGCCAGAGGGACCCGCUCAGCCAGAGCUAGAGGUCAGUGUGCCGGAGGGACCUCCACGUCGUCCACGUCCAGCGUGCCCUCCAUGUCCAGCGCGCCCUCCACGCCCACGUCCUGCACGAC